AUGCAGUGUCGAGGAAUUAGAGCUGACUUGGCUGAUUCCGGCAUUGCCUAUGGGUGGUACCACUCGUGCCACCCAGGGAAGCACGGCACCUCUGAGGCGCCUCACAAGCACGACGCACGGCAACAGCAGCAGGCGGAGGGAGGAGGGCAGACGCACACGGAGCAAGGCAUGGCACAGGCCAAGGAUCGCCAGCAGGGAGAGCGGGAGGAGCAGCAGCGGCAGCAGCAGCGGCAGCAGCACACACAAGGAGAGAAUUUCCAUGACCCUUGGGACUUAGGCAUCCCCAGUCCUGCCACCCAUGCCCUUUCGACUGCCCAGACCCACGCCCCUCUGCCCCCUGUCGACCCUGCUGCUGCUGAGAUUGGGGAGGGGGAGGAGGAUGAGGACGAGGAGGAGAACAAGCCAGUGGCGCGGCUGGUGAGUCAACACGCGGCAGUGGCCAAGGCUGCAGAGGGCGCAAAGGGGGAGGGUGGGGCAGGGAAGGAGCAGGGCAAGACAGGGGAUGGAGCAGUAGGAGGAGUAGCAGGAGGCGGAGGAGGAGUAGCAGGAGGCGGAGGAGGAGGGAGUCGGAAGGCAUUGGUGAAGGGUUCAGAAGAAGCAGCCUUGGCUGCAGGGGCAGGGGGGGGAGGAGGGGAAGGGGGAGGGAAGAAGGACGGAGCGAAAGCCGCUGCCGGAAAGGCAGCAGCAGCUAAGGCAUCGACAGGCGGUGAGGGGGAGGGUGGGGCAGGCGAGAAGAAGGCCAGCAGCAGCAACGCCCAGCCGGCCAAACCCAGCAAGGCAGGCGCCGCUGCCGCUUCUGCAUCUGCUGCUGCCUCUGCCUCUGCUUCUGCCGCUGCCGCUGCUGCUGCAGGCAGUGCAGGUGGUGGCAGUGGCAGCACAGAGGGAAAGGGGGCUGCAGGGGGAGGGGGAGGGGCAGCAGGGGGAGCAGGGGGCACAGCGGGGGGAGCGGGAGGGGGAGGGGGAGCAGCGGAUGGAGAGGCGAAGAAGAAGCGCAAGGCAUGGACGCCCGAUGAGGACAAGCUGCUGCUCAAGGCGGUGGAGGUGUACGGCGAGGGGCAGUGGGGGCGCGUGCUCAAGAGCGACUUGGGGAUUGAGAGGAACGCCGCCCAGCUGUCCCAGCGGUGGUACAUUCUGCGCAAGAAGUUUGAGAAGGAAGGAGUGCCCAUCCCAGGCCGCAAGGCAAGGGAGGCCCGGGAGGCAGCAGCGAGAGAGGCAGCAGCGAAAGAAGCCGCUGCAAAAGAAGCAGCGGCUAAAGAGGCGGCUGCUAAGAAGGCUGCUGCUAGAGAGGCCGCUGCAAAAGAAGCAGCGGUGAAGGCUGAAGCUGCUGCGAGGGAAGCAGCAGCAAGGGAGGCAGCGAGAGAAGCGGCAAGGGAGGCAGCUAGGGAGGCAGCCACUAGGGAAGCAGCACGAGAAGCAGCAGCUAGAGCGGAGGCUGAGGGUGCUGGUAAGGCAGGAGAGGGUGGUGUGGGAGGGGAGACUGGGGAUGGGAGUGGGGCCGGGAUGCAGCAGCAGCAGCAGCAGCAGCAGCAGCAACAGCAGCCAGCGCAGCAGAGAGGAGCAGCGAGUAGCAGUGGUGGUUUGGGGGAAGCAUCCAACCAGUGGGCUCACAGAACCGGAUCUGCUGCAGUGCCAGGUGGCAGUUCGGGAUUGGCCCGUGGGGUGGCUAGUGGGGCGGCAGGCAGGGGCAUUGGCACAGUAGGGCGUGCAUCUAUGCACCCCCACUCCUCCCACCCCUCCCACGCCUCCCUCUCCUCCUCCCACUCCCCUCACACCUCACUCUCUCACUCGCACACACCUCUCGCCCCGGACCCUCUGGUGCAGGCGGCAGCAGUGGCAGCAGGGGCGCGGAUAGCACCUCCCUCAGCUGCAGCCUCCCUCAUGCAGGCCGCUGCGGGGAAGGCAGGUGCGCCUGUGGUGGUGCACCACAUCACCCGCUCGCCCCAUACCUACAGCUCAGGCUCGGCAGCAGGGUUUGUGCCUGGCGGUGGAGGUUUGGGAAGGCCUGGAGUGGGAGCGGUGGGAGGGGCAGGUCGGGGUGGGGGAGGGCAGAGUGGGAGAGGGAGAGGGGUUGCCGUGUCUUCUGCUGCUACAGCCGGUGCUGCUGUAGCUGGUUCAGGGGGAGGGAGGGGAGGGGUAGGGGGAGUGGGGAGAGGGGCAGGUGCGUCUGUGCCAGGUGGCCAAACCCCAUUGGCUGGGAGUAAACCAGUGGGGCAAAGUGCCUCUUCGGGAAUGCCCCCAGCAGGCGCACAGGGGAGCGCAGGGGGAGGUGCAGGCGCACAGGUGGGCGCAGGGGGAGGUGCAGGCGCACAGGUGGGCGCACAGAGCAGCACCAUGCAAGACAUAGAGCAGCAGCAGCUGCUGUCGGAUAGAAGAGGGGGGUUGAGCAAGCAACGGGGCCGUGUGUCUCUUGUCUCUUCCCCUCCCAACUGCGACGUGAUGUGA